AAACACAGCUAAGCGGAAUAACGUUUCAUUAUAUGAUUCCUCCAAUUUGCCACCGGCCCUUGUCUUCUGUCUUAUUAAUAUUUUCUUUCAUCUUCUUCCUUGAUUUGCUCUCUCUGUCUUUUUUUUUAGUACUUCGGAAAGUAUCCAUACACUUCUCUUUGAUUUUGAAGUUAUGGUUAUACAGCCCUGACAAGGACAACACUGCAAACCUCCAAAACAAUCCCAUGUUCAAAGUUCCCAUCUUUCUGCAAUUUCACGCAUUGAUUUGAUUCCUAGACUGUUGUUUUUAUGCCACCCCACCGCAGCUGCCGCCGCCGCCGCCAUCACCAGCAACCACCACUAAAAACCCAAGAUUGUUUCUGUUUGUUUCUAUUAUCCUCAUGUCCUCAUGUGCAAAUCAAGAAAAAGCACAGAUGUAAACCACUCUCUAACCCCCAAAUCCCGCCCUUCAAAAUCAUCUUCUUCUGCAAACCCAUCUUCAUCAUUAUCAUCAUCAUCCAGCAAUUACCCAAGUCUCAAUUACCCAUCAUCAUCAUCCAUUAAUUACUCUUCUUCAGGCUUCUUUAACAAUAACAAGGACACUUCAAAAUCGUCUUCUUCUUCUAUCUCAAGCAAACGCUCUCUCAAAAGCCUGAAAGAAGCCGCUUUACCAGAGAACCCAAAUAUUUAUGACUUUGCUGAAAUCUGCAGAGCCACUAACAAUUUCCUAUCAAAACCCUUUUCUUCUUCCUCCUCUUCGACCUCUUGGCGCUGCCAGAUUCGCCGGAAAGAGGUGGUUAUUUUCAAGCGCAAGUUCCGCCGCCGUGACCCCAUCGAAUUACCGGAGCUCCAGCAGCGGCUAUCCACUAUCUGCAGGAGUCAUCAUAGCAGCUUGAUUAAGCUUCUGGGUGCUUCCACGUCAGGGAAUUGUAUAUAUCUUGUGUAUGAAUACGUUAAUGGUGUUAAUUUAGCUACUUGUCUAAGAAAUCCACAGAAUCCCAGUUACACGGUACUGUCAAAUUGGCUCUCGCGGAUGCAGAUUGCUACAGAUAUCGCUCAUGGGCUCGAUUAUAUUCACCAUUGUGCAGCUUCAAAUUCGGGUUUUGUCCAUAACCAUAUAAAAAGUUCGAGCAUAUUAGUAACUGAAGAUUCGUUAAAUGCCAAGAUUUGUCAUUUUGGGACGGCGGAGCUGUGCGGGGAAAUGGAGGGGAGUGAAAGAUCAGAGGCGAGAAGUUUAGGUAGGAGUAAUAGUAAAGGCAUGAAAAUUGAAGGGACGAGAGGAUACAUGUCGCCGGAGUUUCAAGCAAGUGGGAUUGUGACGCAGAAAUGCGAUGUUUAUGCUUUUGGAGUGGUGGUUUUGGAGUUGGUAUCAGGGAUGGAGGCGUUGAGGUACGUGUUUGACGAAAGGAGUGGAGGGUUUAGCAGAGUUAGCGUAAUUGAGAGGGCAAGAGAGGCUGUGAGCAGCGGUGCCAGUGGGGUGAGGAACUGGGUGGAUCGGAGGUUGAAGGAUUCGUAUCCAGUGGAUGUGGCGGAGAAGAUGGUUUUCGUGGGGUUGGAAUGUGUGGAGGAGGACCCACAGAAGCGGCCGGAUAUGGAGCAGGUGGCCGGUAGAGUGUCUAAAUUGUAUUUGGAAUCCAAGAAUUGGGCUGAGAGGAUUGGUAUGCCAAUUGAUUUCUCUGUUUCUUUGGCACCUCGAUGAAUGAACACAGUUUAGCAGAAAAAUGGCAGAUCAAUAGGUGACUCUGGUUUUGUUUAUUAUUUCUUUUGCAGUUUUGAGUACCCUUUGAUAUAUAUAUAUUUUUUCUGUAUAAUGUAUAAAGAAAAUUUUCAUA